AUGCAGGGGCUUGCGCAAAAGCCAGCAGCCGACUUAGAGAAUCGUGCUGCGUUUUUGGUUCAACUGCGCGCUCUUCUACUUCAGGCGAGGCACAUCCUUGGUGGGAAUCAAAAGGGCAAACUGAAGGAGAUCCAGACCAGCAUAGAAGAAUGGGUGAAGGAGGUGGGAGAGGUGGGGGCACCGCGACCAUCCAUUUGCACACCACCUUCAGGCACCCCACUUACACUAGCAGGGACCCCAGAGCAACAACCACAACAACAAGUGGAUUCAUCGGAAGUGGAUGGGGACCUCGAAAGUAGCACCAGUAAUAAUAACAAAAGUUCCUCUAAUGUUUUGCGGGCCUCGGGAUCAGGAGGAGCUGUUCCUGGUGUUCCAACUCCACCUCGUGCGGAUGAACUCUCUUCCUUUACAGUUGAAAUAAUACGCGAAGGAAGCACCACAUCUUUUGGCGGAUCACAAAAUGGUGUUAAUUCUUUGUCAAGCUGUUUUGAAACUCGAAAUUUAGAGGAUUUUGCAGAAUUUCUUCGUAUGUUUUUUGCUAGUGGUAUUCAGGAAACCGUAAAGUUACGUAAUGUAGGACGUAAUGCAGCCCGUCUCGCCAUUGUGCGCUGUUUUUCUAUCAUUACAAACGCACUACAACAAGUGGUACGUGAGAUAUACACAGAAACACGUGAGACGGAUAAGUCUGAUGAGAAGAAUAAUAGUGGAGAAAACCGUAUUACACGUUCUUCACUAUUUGUUCAUCUUUCACGUGAUAUUAGGGUUUCCACCAAUGCUAUUCUGAAAUUUCUUGAUCUUCUUACAGCUCCUUCAGAUCAUUUUUCCACACGUUUUGGGGCACAAGUAUGCGUUGACAUAUUGAAACAACUGCGACAGUGCCUCGUUCUAUUUGAGCAACGAUUUGUACGAGAAGAGAUUCGUCACUUUCGUGUGAUGGGAGUUUCUUCUACAAGUUCAAGUUCUACCGCUGCGGAAACGGUGAAUGCAAGAUGUGCUGCCCAACGACGAAUGGACGAGUUACGGGUGCUUUUAGGACCAGCGUUGCUUACAAGUAUUGAAAGACUUAUAGAUCUUGUUCGCCCCGCUGUACGUUAUUUGAUCACUGUUGCCGCACUAAAGGAGACUGCGGGAUCGCAGGAGUUACGAACACUUAAAGGUGAUGUGUGCGCAAAUCUUUUUGGUUUGGCCCAAUGGGUAUCCACCACCGCGCGAUCCAAACGACGGAAGCGACAGUCGUCAUUACCGGAAGAUGCGGCCGGGAAUGAAAAAGAGUUAGAGAACACCCGUGAGCGAACACCACCGAGUGGUAUGUUGCGUACAAGCUCUUUGCCAGACUUGGAGAAUGUUACCACUGCAAAUCCGCUUUGGCAUCAAGUUGUGGCUCAUUCUGUGGUGGAAUCACUACUACCUAUAGCCUUCUCACCAGAGUACAUUUCGUGCAUUGCACAGCACUGUGGGGAUCAGAAUAACGGUCAACUUGUGGCUGUGCAGAUUCUGAAUGAAACUGUAAAAAAAUUAGCUGAUACAGAUGUGGACGAACUACGGUAUGUAUUAGGAGUCACCACUUGGAGAGCGCGUAUAGCAGAAGGCGUUCUUAAUUGUAUUGUUUCACUGCAAAGAGGGGUGUUAAAGGCUGGAUUAGAUAUUCUUAACCGCAUUGUUGUGGGGUGUCCUGAAUAUCUUGGCUCUGAAAUUGGAUUUCUGUACACCAGUGGUGUAUUUGGACUGCUGGAGUCAGACAGCACACCAUCUGCCAUGAGGAGAGAACUCCUUCAACAUGUUGUCAAUACUUUCUUUAGGGGAUCAGGUGCCAAUGUUCAACCAUCUCUGCUCUUGCGGCUCUAUAAUCAUUUUGAUCUCAACAUCCGUUGGCAUCAGUUAAAUAUUGUACAACAGGCAGUCGCAACCUUGUCAAAGGCAGUACGUUGUGCUGCACCGGAAGAAUUUGCGGACACAGAAGAUCUAGAGAGAGAAAGUGAAGAUUCAACAACGAUGCAGAAAUCUUUACCAUUUCUUGCACUUCAAGGUCUUUCAUUAGCAGUGGAAUUACUUACAAUGUAUAUUCCUCAAGAAAAAGAUGUAGCCAUAAAGAAAAUUUGCACAAAAUUACCAAAUCGAGAGAAAAAGAUGAAAGAACAACGUUUAGUUGAUGUUAUUAACAGUUCUCCUGUAAAGGGUAUAAAAAAAUUGUUUAAUAUCACGGAUGAAGAUAUGAACUUGGAUAAUAAAGGUUGUGAAGCUGCAGAAAAGGAUUGGUCACAUCAACAUAUUCCACCACCAGCUUCUCCAGCAGCAGAAGAGAAAGUACGUCAAAUUACACAAUUUCUUAUGGAAACACCAUCUUUGAAUCCUGAAUCCGUCGCCGAGUUUCUUUCUUACCCAUCUGUUCUUACACUACAAGUUUGUCAAUCUUUUAUGGAUGCGUUACCGUUAGCAGGAAAAGGCCUUGUAGAAGGACUACGAGAAUUAUUUAAAAUUGUUUUAUUACCCAAAGAAGGUCAACGUAUUGAACGCCUUCUCGAAUUUUUCUCUAGUGCAUAUUAUAAAAUGAAUGCUGUUGAAGGAGUAGAUCGUGAGAUAUUUCCAUUUGAAUCAGAGAAUGCGUGCUUUAUUGCAGGAGUAGCGGUACUUAUGCUAAAUACGAACCUCUAUAAUCCACAUGUUUCAUCAUUAAAAAUGACGGCCUCUACGUUUCAUUCACAAUUGCGAGGUUGUAAUGAAGGUAAAGAUUUUUCGGAACGUUUUACAAACAAUAUAUUUGAUGAUAUUAGUUUACAUUCACUUGAUAGUAUGAAAGGUUUUUGGUCGGCUGGAAUGAAUAGUGGUGCACGAUAUGCGACUGUCCCACUCUCAGGAAAGAUGGACUCUAUAUUUUUUUCUAGUGAAGAACGUCGGGAGUUGGCAUUCGGUGUAGUUCGACAACGACUCGCAAGUGAAACGCAGGAAUUGCUUUGCCGGCACAGCAGACUGGAAGUGGAUACGGAGAUUAAACCCCCUGCGUUUUGGUGUAGUGUUGCGCAGGAUUUGUUUCUCAGCACGUGGCCCUCGCUCUGCGCGGUGUUCGGUGUGGCCUUGCAUGGAUCGCAGGUGCCGGAGGAGGCCCUACUGCUCUGCGUGCGGGGUUUGCGCAGCAGUUUUCUCGUCGCCGCGGCCUUUGGACUGCAGACGGAGUGCGGCGUCUCUCAGCACGCACUACUGCGCAUGGCUUCAUUUGAACCCGUUCGGGAUUUGUGUAAUGGCUGUGUACUGGAGAUAGCGGCAACAAUGCACAGUGUGAACUUCUCCGUGCGUUUGUGGGUUCCAGUGGUAGAAAUACUCGUGAACAGUCACAAACACCCUCAAAAGUUAUUAGUGCAGGCAGAGUCCGUAUUUGGUCGGAUGGAAGAAUUUACACGUGCAGCUUCAAUUAGAACGGAAGAGGCGGAUGAUCUCACGAGGGUUUAUAAAGGUGUAGUACAGGAAAUGCUUCAUGGUAUCACUACUGUGAUGAAGGAUACAAGUAUUGAUGAAUCCACUCUAACAGCUGUAUUAUACGUAUUGCGGCGUGCUCUUAGUUAUUCCCUCAUUUCACACGAAAAACAUCAAGAGACAGUAGUGAGAAACCUUGUGAAUGUGCGGGAUUUCAGUGAAAUUAUUAUUCCAGUGUUGAUUGAUGUAGUGGAUGCGGGAAGUGGAAGGGGAGAUGAGUACAUGCAUGUUCUGUUGGAGUUUGUUGUCGAUAUUCUAACCACUGUUUGGAUUUCUUGUAUAUGUGAUAUAGAUUCAAAGGGAUUUUGCUCUCAAUAUGAAAUUGCUGAAUGUUUUGUAUUCUUUCAACGGUGUUAUGAGCGGUGUAAAACGCAUCCAGUAGUCCUAAUGCAUCUAUUACAAGGUAUCAAAGAACUUAUUUCACGAACUAUGCAUGCCGUUGGAAGUAUAGGGACUAAACCAGUUGGUUUAAACUCUGAAAAAUUAUAUACCAUGGCAUUAGUAUGGCAACAAGUAUUGCAACCUCUGGCACGUACAUUAUGUGAAAAAAAUAGUGUAGGAACAGAAACAUGUAGUUUAGCCGUUCAUGUGCUUAGAAAACUUAUUGUUCUUUUCUGUGGGGAUGGUGGUAUAACUCUUGAUAUUCAGUUGCAUAAGAAAUCAAGAGAUAUAUUACUUUUACUUCUCUCAAAUGUGGCAUAUAUUGGAGGUAUGUGUGGAGAUGUAGAUAGUGCGCAGUCGUGUUUAGCACAAUUUUCUACUAUUUGUACCACAGCUUUGAAUGAUGAUGAUACGAUUAUAUCUUCUAAAGACAAGAAAACUCUAUUGAAUGAGGAUAAAGACCCUAAAAUGAAUAAUCCUGAGUUUAAAAAACAUGUUUUGUUACUUCAACAUUUCGUUGAAGGUGUUGAGAGGCAACCAGAUAUUCUUGUACUUCAUUCUUUAGAACGAUUAUGUUUUUUGUUACGUUGUCAAGCACAACAAACAAGAACAGAAGUUAUCACUCUCUUACGUGCACUUGUAAUGCAACUUAAACCAUCUCAGAUACACCAUCUUGCAGUACAUCUCUCUAAUACAGUGUUAGAGGCAUCUCUUGGACACGCCACCACAGAGCAAGAGACUUCCAUGACAGAUCCCGCUCUUCUUAGUUAUAUAUUGUUUGAUAUCCGAGUUCCAUCUUCCAUGCGUAAAUGUUCACUCACGUCAUUUCGUGCGACAUUACCGUCAAUAAUGAAUUUCAUGUCUCAUGAGUUGUUAUCAGAAGUUCCUCCAGACCACUUGGACUCUCUUGUCUCUUUUGUGAUGAAAUAUUGCAUGGUCCCUCUGGUGGUUUCCCCACGCUCUACUUAUCAAGUGCGUACAAUAGCCAUUCGUUCUCUUAUGCAGUGUGCUUCUUUCGCCAUUAGACGUCAAUCGAGUCGAAGUGGCAGCCCAAAGAGUCUUUUAUCUCUUCGCACUGUAGCGGAAUGUGUUAGUUUUGUUCUCUUUGGUCUCUGCGUUCCUGUGCGCCUCAUUGUGCCAGCAAAUGCCGAUCAUGUGGGUCGACAAUGGCUUCAAGAAGAAAACUCAGAAGUAUUAGGAGAGUACAAACAAGCAGCCGCUGAUGCUAUGCAAUUGCUCUGGAGUGCAGAAGCCUAUGAAAUAACGGGAAGCUACAAUAGUGCUACAAUUUUUCUCGAGGAGCAAACUAGUAUUGCUGUAGAUAGAGAGGAAUUCUCUCGAUCAUUACGGGGAACCUGGAUUUCAUCACACUCUGAUGUAGUUACAGACGAACAGUUGGUGGAGUAUUGUACACUGAUGGCUCAACUACUAUCACCUCUUCCAAAGAUUUUAGAAGGUGCUUCAUUUUGCUCUCACAAUGAAGAUAAUGUUGGUGAUUUUGGUAUAAAUCAUAAUGAUACCAAAAUUAAUAAUAAUAAUAAUAAUAAUAAUAAUAAUAAUAAUAAUAAUAAUAAUAGUAAUAAUAGUAGUAGUAGUAUUGGUGUUGGUAAUAGAAACGGUGAUGAUGACGAUGGUACAGUUGAUCCACAACAAUGGCGGCAGCAUCCCGAUGUUUGGGGACCUCCACCAGUAGAUCUUGAGACGACAGCCGAAUUGGUAUUAGAAACUGCGGGUACGUUUUUUGCGAUUCUCUGGCGAGUAAACCACUUUGUUGAGAUGGAGAAUUUCGUGGCAAGAUCCAUUCAAAAGGGACGUGAUGCACCAUCAUUAAGUAAAAGUAGUGCCCUUCUCCCACACGCCGCUAUUCGAGGGGCGUUGAACGCUUUUCUGACUCUUGCCAUUCGUGAGAGGAUUGACAAACUGCAUGGAGUGAUGGUAGAAAUAUUACGAGGUACAUCUAUUGUACAGAAGUCAACCCUAAGUACACGAGAGGCGCAAAAGAAUGUUGAAGGAACAGCUGAAAGUCUCGCUAUGCAGCGAAUGAGUCCACGGGAACAACAACACAUGCGCAGUUGCAAUGUAGGAAUGUAUCAGGAACUUUCCUCUGUAGUAUCGCAUUGGAUAAAGACUAUUAUACAACAAACAGACGCUGAGAAAUCUUCACUCACGACCGUAAAACGUGAGGAGCUUGAAUGUAUUGCGAGAAAACCUGACGUAUUCUUGAGUCUGGUGCGAUUACUUUCAGUGUCAGCCGGAACGGUUAUUGUGUCUAUUCGUGAUUACUUUGCCUGGUACAUCACCGCUCAUCAACAGGGAUUUGUACCAGAAAUAGGAGUCCCACUGUGUGAAGAGGAUCCAAUGUUGCUGUCACCACCGAGCCAGGCGAAUGGAAUCGACGGUACGGAUGAAUAA